UUUUAUUUCCGGGUGUAGGGGUGGAGUUUUGCUGCCGGGUGACGGCGGUGACAGAAAGUGGCGGGGAGAUGCCCGAGAUCGCGAUCCGACAUGUGGUGUCUGCGAGCAGCUCGGACGCGACCCACUGCGCUGAGAACUUGCUCAAGGCCGACACCUACCGCAAAUGGAAGGCUGCCCAACCUGGGGAGAAGCAGAUCUCUGUCAUAUUACAGUUUGAGAAGGAGGAGCAGAUCCACAGCAUUGAUAUUGGCAAUGAAGGCUCUGCCUUUGUGGAAGUUCUGGCAGGCAGCUCUGCAUCUGCCAGUGAGCAGAACUAUGAGGUACUCUUGGUCACAUCCUCCUUUAUGUCUCCGUCAGAGAGCAAGAGCGGGACCAACCUGAACAGGGUUCGUAUGUUUGGGCCAGAUAAGUUGGUGAAGGCUGCAGCUGAGAGGAAGUGGGACCGAGUGAAAAUUGUUUGUACCCAGCCUUAUACCAAGUCAUUGGCUUAUGGCCUUUCCUUUGUGAGGUUCCACUCGCCACCAGAAAACAGUGAGAUUCCUUCCAAAACGGCUUCGCCGAAGGUCACUAAGCUGGGCCAGUUCAAAGUGAAGGAUGAUGACAGCAACUCCAGUUCCUUGAAACCCGGGGCUCUGUUCUUCAGCCGUGCUAGCAAACCCCUGGUGUCCCCUACUAAAGCCAUUCAGAACAACCAGCCCUCACCCAGUUAUGCUGCAGCUUCUCUACAAACCAGCCUGGCCACCUGCCCUGAUCCCUCGCCGUCGGCUGCAGAAAAGCCCACCGCCAAAGGGUCUCCCAAGGAGCCGACCCCAGUCAAGAGGAAGUUCGAAUUCAGCAAGGAAAAUGCUGGUGCCUCCUCCCUGUCAAAGAAGUUUGAUACCAGUCCUCCUCGCCCUGUGAACCCACCCACCAAGAAACACAAAGCUUCUGCCACCGCCCCAGCACCUCCGAAGACCCCACCUUCCAAAAAGCCACCCCAGACCCAUCCUUCGGAGGAGACGGCCAACGGGUCCUUCCAGCACCUCCUUCAGGGCAUCGUGUUUGUCUUGAGCGGCUUCCAGAACCCCUUCCGUUCCGAGCUUCGAGACAAAGCCCUUGAGAUGGGGGCCAAGUACCGGCCCGACUGGACGCCGGACAGCACUCACCUCAUCUGUGCCUUUGCCAACACCCCCAAAUUCAGCCAGGUGAAAGGGCUUGGCGGUGUGAUCGUGCGCAAGGAGUGGAUCCUUGACUGUUACCGCACACGGCGAAACCUCCCUUGCAAGCGCUACCUGAUGGUCGGCCAGGAAUCCUCCAGCAGCGAGGAAGAGGAGGAGGAGGAGGAAGAGAGCGAUGAAGAGGCCUCUGCCCAGCACCAGAAGCCUCUCCCUCGUCAACAGAAAGCCCGUCUGGCUGGCUCCAACCACAAGCCCAGGGUUUCUGCCAGCCCUAAACUGGGGCAGAAGGCGCCCAGGAAGGCGUCCUCCGAAGAGGAAGAGCCCACCACCUCUCGGAACAGCAGCAGCUUCCAGAAUAACACGCAGGCUUUGGCCGCCGACUCUGCAGCGUCCAGCGACGAGGAUGACCCUGCAGGCGCCCGAGACAAUGGAGAUGAAGGCUCUGGAGACACGGAUGAUGAACUCAGGAGAGUGGAGGAGGAGCACCGAAAAAAACAGCAAGGAGGACGGAGGGCUGGCCCAGCACCGGAGGACGAUCCAUACGCUGGUUCCACCGAUGAGAACACAGACGUUGAGGAACAGGGCGAGGUGGAUCAGCCUGUCCCAGAGCUACCUGAUUUAUUUGAGGGCAAACACUUCUUCCUUUAUGGGGAAUUCCCUCCUCAGGAACGUCGCCUCUUGAACCGCUACAUCACAGCUUUUAAUGGGGAGAUUGAAGAUUAUAUGAACGAGCGCGUGAAUUACGUGAUCACUGCUCAAGAUUGGGAUGACACUUUUGAGGAGGCGCUGAAUGAGAAUGCCAACCUCUCCUUCGUGCGGCCCCGCUGGAUAUACACCUGCAAGGACCGGCAGAAACUGAUCCCCCACCAGCCCUAUGUGGUGGUGCCACGGGCGUAGGAAGGCCCCCGUACUGGCCUUUGUGUAUCGUAUAUCCCCCUUCUGGAGCGAACUGAAGCCUUUUCACUUUCCAGCCUACUGACGUGAUACUCUCUUUGUCUCUUCCUUCCUUCCUGCUGAAGGCCUGGUCUCGCAAGCCUACGCAGGCUGGCUCUCACCUUUUGCUCCUGCUCCUGCAGUAGCGGCCCUUUUUGGAUUCUAUCAGCAGCGAAUUCCCUUUCAGAAAUAGUGGCUCUGCUGGAGAAGUCGUGUAAAUGAGCGCCGUUGGUGUAGCAGCUUGUCUGCAUCAGCUGCAUGCUCCUCUGGAUUGGGGCCAGGGUCCGCCUCAAGGGCUUGGAAGGUGAAAGGUUACCUGGACUCCUCUUUUUUGGAUCAGGACUGAAAGGUGUGUGUGUGUGUGUGUGCGCGCACACACACACACAGAGAGAGACAGAGCCUUCACACUGCUAUGGUUCAUUUUCCUGGGACCCACUAUUUGCUUUUGAUACUCUUUAUUUCUUUUCUCUUCCUUCUCACUUCCCUUCCCCCUGAGAAUCUAGCAGUCCAGAUGUAUCAUUGCUGUUGUUUGUUUCGUUUGGUGAAAGAUGAUGGGCAUCUCCCCGGGGACAUUCAUUCCUCAGUACAAAACACUACCCUAGAGUAUUAGAUUUUUUUUUCUCUUUCAGUUCGGCAGUGUUUUCAAAGAAAAACAUCUUGCCUCUCAUUUCCUGCCUUAUUUUAAUUUUGUGUUUCAAAUGGGCUGUUAUAGUUUCAUAUUUGGGGUUUGUUCUUUCUGUAUUUACACACCAGUAGACUUGAACACAUUGGUUGGAGAUCCGCAGCCCUGCCCUCUGGUUCAAAUCCAAGUCACUUUUUAGAAUUCAGAAGUUUUCUAGACUCCCAUGUGCUGUCGUCUUUUCCGCUUUCCCAUUUCAGUCGGGAAAAAGUACAAACGGGAAGUGGGCCACAGUCAUUAUCCUUUAUUGGCUUGCAUUCACAGAUGGCUUGUUCUGUGUCAUGUCCAUCUUUAAAAUUGUGGCGAUGUGCUCCCCUUCCGUGCAUUUUCACUUAUGGGUUGGUAGUUCAGUUAGCCCUUGAUAAAGCAUUCAAAGGCUUGUGCAGGGGGGGUGGGCUGAUCUCAAGCUCUUUUUAAUGCUCGCAAUUCUCUCUCGCGGACUGAGAUGUAUGUGUGCGCACAAGGAGAGUGCUUUAAAAACAGUGUUUCGGGCUGCUGUUGUGAAAAUGUGUGCAUUUACACAGGACUCAAUUUGGACGACAGCUCGCCCCGGACAAUAUUCAGCACCCUGAACUUUCUCUGUGAGGUGGGUUUGGUGCAGACACCCCCAUUUUAUAUGCAGGAAAUGGAGCAACUGGCUGUAUUAUAGGAAUUUGUAUCAUAAGCAGACUAUGGGAUGUUCUCAACACCCAGAAGCCUUUUACAAAGGCGACGUGGGUUUUAAAAAUAUCUAGUCGCCUGUUGAAAGCAGGACAAUAUUUCCUGUACUAGUUAAUUUCAUGACUGGUCAAUUUCAGCAAGGGAUCAUCAGUUUCGCUGCUGGAUUUCUUUCCCCUUCUCUUUCUGAGCGAGGCCUCCACUGAAUUCUCCUCAGAGAAGCCCUAAAACAGCCUCUUUCCCGCUCAGCCUCCUAACCAUCUGCUUUUAGGGUACGGCCUGUCUUCUUGCACCUCAUCUCUUACUUUUUGACUGGCUCUGAACUGGGCUGAGAGGCUUUGAACUAUCUACCUCGUUUUUACGGCUAUCUUCCCUCAUCAAAACAUGGGUGCUGCCCUCAGUCCUGGCGAAAUCUAGCCAGCGCCUCUUCAGUUCUUUGCUCGUGUACUGAAUGCAGCAAAGUUGAUCUAGGGUGCAUCCCCUCCCAAAAAAAUUUGGGAAGGCGCUGGAAGCAUUAACCAUGGCCGCCCUAGUAGAGGCUGGUCAGUCUUGGCAUGUCAACAAAACCUGCAGUGUUUUAAAGGUGUCUUGAUGCCUGAUACUCCCUUUACACCCUUAAUUCUGGUGCUGAAGCAGGGGCCAAGUCUGUGGAAUGGAAAUAUCUCUUGCUUAUCUUGAAGUCCUUAAGCGGAUGGCAAAGGACGAGAAAGGUUGGCAAGCGAAUCUGCCUUGUCAGAAUCUCAGUCUGCAAGUUUGGUGCAGACUCCCUACCAUGUAGUCCAAGGCAAGAGUGGUUUGACAGUGAAAUAAGCUAUUUCAAGAGGGAUAGGCUCCUGAUUUCACCUGCAGCAGGAUUCCUUAGGGGCUGAUGAAGGGUUUUCAUCAUCUAGCUGUGUGCUCCAGAAGCAAUUGGGGGUGUCCAAAAAUAAACUGAACGGGGUAGUGGUCUUUGAGUAAGGUAUUAUGGCUUCACACAGGUGGGACUAGAGCUUUACGAGUGCCCUGAGCAAUUCUUCGCACCCCUUCUUAAAAACCACCCUCUUUGGUGUUACUGCUUAAAGUGGGAGAAGCCACAGUAUGGCAGUUAAAUAUGUUUUUACUGGUGCUUACAUGAUCCAACACUCAAGGGCUGGGUUGUUUUUUUUUGUGUAAAUAAAUCAUACCAAUGGCUCGAUGCAGUUUGUGUGAGGCUUCCGGAAAAGUAACUGAUCUCCUUCUGGAGAUGGAAUUCAUGUUGUCCUUUCCCGAAAUGAUUUGUUUCUUUUUUUUGUUUUU